AUGCAAAGUCCAGCAAAAAUGGAUGAACCAACUGAAAAUACCGCGAACACAAUUGAGGAGACCCCAAAGGAAACUCCAAGUCCUGCCAAUGAUGUGCGGGUGAAAACUGAGCCAGAGGAUCUGGCACACACUCCGAUCAUGUUGACAAACCUGGAAGUCUCCAUCCCAGGUGUCAGGCCAAAUCAGAACCUGCGCACUGUUUAUCUCAGUUCGAAAAAAAUUCCAAACCAGGAUGACCCCGAACCAGAAGAUUUGCCUAAGGAACCUGAGGAAUUGCUGGAUGGAACAGAGUCGACAGAAAGCUCCGAUGAUGGGCAGUCUUCUGGGGACGACGAAAACUAUUCUGACAACCACGAAAGUUCUUCUGAUGACGACGAAAAUCCUUCUGACGACGAGUCCGAGCUCGCUCCAGAUGAGCAGCCACUGGGUGAUUCUAAGGAUGCAGAGCCUUCUUCCAGGAAUGAGAGCGACAUUGAUACGAUGGAGUGUUCUCCCAAGCCAGUGAAGAUACGGCACUCAAACAAAUCGAAGGGGAAAAAGAAGACAAAACCCUCGAUCUCAUCAAAGUUGAACGAGAAAGUCAAGAGUCUGAUGCAAAGCAACAUACUGAGCGAUGCGAAUGCCAAUGCGGCUGAUAUGAAGCGAUCUAUCCCUGUGUCCCAGAAAGCAGACAAAGCGAAAGCGCUCGCGGAGGAGGUUGCGAAGCUUCCAAUUGGCGACCAAGCGCAGGCCAGAAAGGAUGCAGCUGCACUGAUCGAGGACUCGAAGAAGUUCACCCCUUCUGCGAAAAUUGUGAACAUGAACUGGAAGGUUGAGGGUCUCGAGACAUUGCUGAAGCACCACCAGCUCAAGGCUGCUGCGUGGAUGCGCGAUCGCGAAAGCUCAGGGGAGGAACCAAAUGGUGGGUUGCUCUGUGACGAGAUGGGGCUCGGGAAAACGCUUACAGUUCUCGGUAUGAACGAAGAAUGGCCAUCUUGCAAAGUCAGAAAGCUUACCUUUUCACCAGCAACCAUCGCGCACGAAAGGUUCCCAGCUCGUUCAAAAGCCCCAACUCUGAUCAUUGUCCCGAGAAGCUUGAUUACACAAUGGAUCGAUCAAAUUUCUACACAUUGCGAGAGCAAAAUAAUCAAAGACGUUCUCGAGUAUUACGCCGGUUCCCGAACGAGCGCGCGCGAUGUUGUGAAAGCGAUGCAAAAAAAGCUUAUUGUAAUCACCACAUAUGAGGAAAUCUGCAGCUCACAUCCGAAGUUGAAACCACCAGUCGAGAUAAAGUCUCCUGAAGAGCUUGACGCUUGGAAAGAAGAGGAGUACGAUCACAGAGCUGGGCCUUUCCAUAAGGUUGAGUGGCACCGCAUCAUUCUUGAUGAAGCUCAUUCGAUCAAGAACAAAGAUAGCGCGACCUCUAUCGCUGUCAGAGCCUUGAAGGGCGAAUUCAAGUGGGCUAUGAGCGGGACACCUUUGCACAACGGUGUGGAAGAGCUUUAUCCAUACCUUCAUUUCAUCUUUACAUCGGAAAGAAUGGAAUAUGAGACCUUUUUGAAAAAGUACCGCAGUGGGUUGGAUAACAUCCUCGAGACCGUACUGCACCGCAGUACAUACAGUACCCGGAUACUUGGAAAGCCUAUUGUCACGCUUCCGGGCAUCAACAACCGAGUGGUGGAGGUCGAACUUUGCCCAGCCGAAAAGUUUCUUUACAGGGAGAUCCAGGAUCUCGGCAUUGCAAUGAUCAAUGGCUUGGCAGAUACAAAGCAACGACAAAGCAAAUGCAUCUUGGCCGUGAUAACAAUGCUGAGAAUGUUUGUGAGCCACCCGCUCCUCGCCCAAAGAUUCCUCGAGACUGUGCUCAAUCAACGUGUGAUUGAAGGGCUCAAUGUCAUGGCACAAGCAGAAGGCGUGUCCGAGACCCCAUCAAGGAUCAUCGUCGACUUGAUUCUCGCCGUUGCAGAUAAGCUUGCUCCUCGACCAAGGCUUCCAGGAGACUUUUUCGAACUUCGUACGAUAUAUUACGAACAGGUGGAGCGCAUCCGCAAAAACGAGGGAAAACAUCAGUCACUUAUGAGGAGAAUAUGCCCUCUUUGCGAUGAAAUUGUAAAGGGAGAGGAGGCAUUUGUGGUCACAUCUUGUUACCACCUUUACUGCAAAGGCUGUUUUGACAAACUUCCAGACCAAAAUGGAAACGCCGAAACCGCCAUUCGCGUUUGCAAAUCCUGCAAUCAACCCAUCGAGGAGGCUGGAUACUCCGACGAUUCACCAAAGGACUCACCAAAGAAAGGCUCACCAAAGAAGGGCUCACCAAAGAAGAGAAAGCAGUCCACGCCGAAGAAAACGGGCAAAGAACCCUUCAAAAAGCGGUCUCAAAAGGCAUUCAACCAACAAGUUCUAUUGAGAGAUCCAUCAGAUGAUGAGUGGGACGAGCCCAGUGAGGAUGAGGUUGAUUGGGUUUCGCGCAUUGGCGAUCGCAUGCUAUCAGCGAAAACCACAGCGGUUCGGGAUCUUGUCUCAAACUGGUUGAAAGAGGAUGAGAACGUUAAGAUCGUUAUCUUCGUUCAGUUUCUGAAGACCAUCCGACUUCUUCAGUUCAUGUGUGGGGAAGAGGGUUGGGAAUAUGCAACCAUUACAGGGAAGGUAUCUCCCACCUCGCGUGAUAAGCAAAUCGAGCAAUUCGGCAAGGAGAAAGAUAUCAAAAUCAUGAUUUCUUCCCUGAAGACUGGCGGCGUUGGUCUCAAUUUGACCAUGGCUAACAAGUGCAUCCUCGUGGAUCCUUGGUGGAAUGAGGCAAUCCAAGACCAGGCGUACUGUCGACUGUACCGCAUCGGGCAGCCUCGCAUGGUCGAAUACGUUCAAAUCGUCGCGAAAGGUUCAAUUGACACGUGGAUGGUUAGCCUACAGAAGAUGAAGGCCCACAAUAUCCGUCAGCUGUUUAGUACGGACUCGCUCAAAGAGAUACUCGGUCUCUCCGGGGAAGUCCACGAAAAACCAAAUGGUGGAUUCUCGAUUUUCACUAGCAAGGAAAACAAACAUGCCCACAGCUGGGCACAGGCUGUUGAAUCAGGGAUAAUUGAGGAGGUGAAUUCUUCCGAAGAGGAUUAG